UUAUUUAUAGAUACAACCGCUAGAUGGCUUCAAAAAUGUAAACAUGAACUAAUAUGUUCGCAAGUGUGAGGUUAUUUUGUUGGGUUUUAAAUUAAAGAGACUUUCUACUGCUAUCUAAUAUAGUUUAAAUAUAUAUUUAGAAUAAAGCAGUCGUGGAUAAUCAAAUAAAUCUAAGUAUUGUAAUAUAAGAGUCACAAAAUGUCUACACGAUGGUAUCGUAUAUAUCAAGCAGGUGAUCCACAGCUUAGAGUAUUCCUUCCCAACUUUUGGAUGAAACUGGUUAAAUGUAAAAUACCACAGCCAAAGAAUGUAGUUGUAUUUCAUUGUUCAAUGGAAAUGACAUCUCAUGAUGUUCGUAAUUAUUUAGAAAAAAUUUAUAAUGUAUUCCCGGCUCAUAUUAGGACCACAAUUUCCCAAGGAAAAACGAGAAUGUGUAGAUAUCAAAAAUGUAUUGUUAAAGACGAUGAUGUGAAAGUAGCUUUUGUUUCUUUGAAAAAAGGUGAGGAGUUCACUUUUCCGGAGUUGAGCCAACCAUCAGAUGACGAAUUGACAAAGGAGAAGAUGCAGAAAGAAACAGAAGAGGAAUAUAAUAAAUAUAUAGGAGAAAAUCAAAUACCAAGUAUGCCCUCUUGGUUUAGAAUAUAAUAAGUUUGUGCACAUUGCAAAUAAAAAUAAAAUUUAUUUAAUCUG